AUGUCUUCCGGUAUCAUGGUUGCCGCUGCAGGCCAGGAGACAAAGUCAGGUUCAAAAGACUUCUACGCCGAGCUCUUAAAGACGGGAAUGUUCUCUGACCUCACCCUCGAAGUGGCGGGUCAAAAGCUCAAGGCGCAUUCCGUCGUCCUGGUCGCAAAAUCACCUUUGUUCGCCGAGCGUAUCGCAAAAUUGAAAGAGGUAGGCAAGCGGGAAGGUGCUUUCACUAUCCUUGAGGUACGCUCAAUCGACAUCGUCAAGAACGCCCUCUCGUACUGCUACACCGGAUCUUACGCCGUUCCAGGCUCGAUGCCCGGCGAUAAUCGUGCCGAAACCACCUCCGAGGUUCGACUGCAUGCGGUCAUCUACAUGUUCAGUGAUUGUCUCAAAAUCGCAGGACUCUCAGAGCAUUCGCUGAAGGCGUUCUCCACGACAGCGACGCGACAUCUUCAAGAUCCCGAGACGAAGAAGGCCUGCCGAGGAACCAUCAAGGCUAUCCUAAGCACCGGCGGUUCAACGCUUGUCGACAAUCCUCAAUUCUUGGAGACGGUCUCCCAGCUUCACGGCUUCGAUUUAUUUGAUGAGUCGUCCACCUGGGGAGAGAUCAAGAAUAUCGUUGGAUAUGCCGCGACAACAGCCGACAAAAUCUCUACCCUCAUCGAUACCAAAGGAAAGAUUCAUAAUUUUUCAUCAUGGAACUCGAAUCUACCGUACUCCGUCAUGGCGGGAUCAGUCCAGCGUGAAAACUGGACACCACCGAAAGACUUCAACAAACAUCUCUUCAGAACCGGCAUGUUCUACGACGUCACUAUCGAGCACGGCAAAGGCCACGUCUUCAAGGCGCAUUCAACAAUUCUCUCAGCAAAGUCCUCGUGGUUUGCCGACCGUCUUGUUGGUCGUCCUUUCAUCGACCGUAUCCGAGUACUCGGUCAUCACCCGAGCGAUGUCAAGCUGUUUGGCCAAUUGUUCAGUGACACUCUCUGUAAUUGCGUCGUACCCGAGAACACGGCACCCUGCGCCUCCUGGGCUUGUUUUCUUGAAUUGCUGCAAUUCUGCUACACCGGAGAAUACGUACCGGUGGUAGUGGAAGAUGCAAGCAAGAUCUUCUACCAAUGUACAAAGCACGUUUAUCUGUACGUACUAGGAAAGCGGUAUGGCAUCCCUGACGGAUUGCCGCCUGCCGUGGCAUUCUUCGCCAUUGAUAUCGACCGCGUCAGAAAGACCAGCAUUGACAACGCCAUCUCUCUAGUCAAUGCGGUGUAUGAAUCGCUCGGUUCUGACACGGACGAUGCACUCGUCGCUGAGGCGAGGAAGAUAGCAAUGCGUAUGAUAGAUAGCAUGGAUGUGCGUGUGUCAGAUGAAGAUAUCUUGAAGAUCAAGAAAGGCCACAUCAAAGACAGGAUGCCCAAAGCGAGCGCCGACCUAUUCGACCGCGGUUACGAACCUCAGUUCCUCGCAACUGGGAACACUUUCACCUCUUCGACGUCGCAACGUAGAGACAGCGAUGCCUGCUUCCGUUGCCGCAUCGCUACGCCCGUCAAGGACACCCGUCUCUGUCGCCAGUGCACUGAUAUGCCUGUUCUGGUAUCGAACGUAACUUAUGCGCCCAAGUACCACCAGAAGACUGGUAAUUUCUGGGGACCACCAUUGGCAGGCACACGUCACAAAUUCCAGGCCGGUAUGACGUGCACUUUUUGGGCAUGCAUCGGAUGUGACAGAAUUUGGCAGGGCCAGGGAUUGCACCAAUCAGAGAUUGAGAUGAAGGAAUGUCCGGCUUGUGACCCAGAGGGCAAAUAUACCUAUCCCAGGGAUAAGAACGGGGUGCGGAGGAUCUACUGGAAAUGUCACAGCUGCCUGACAGUAUGGGUAGCACACGAUUUCGAGCGCAAGAAGAUGAGCAACAUGGACAGUUGUGUGUGA